GGAUGUAUCUAGCAGGGUCGGGGGGCCCGGCUCCUGCAGGGCCAGGAGACCUUCCCAGAGUCCGCCUGUGAGGAUGUGGCUGUACCUGGCUGCCCUGCUGGGGUUGUACUUCCUGCGCCGAUGGUACCGGGAGCGGCAGAGCGUCGAGGGCCUCCCGGAGAAAUACGUCCUGAUCACCGGCUGCGACUCCGGCUUCGGAAACCUGCUGGCCAAGCAGCUGGAUGCGCGGGGUCUGCGGGUGCUGGCGGCUUGUCUCACCCAGCAGGGCGCGGAGCAGCUGAGGAAGGCGACGUCGGAGCGGCUGCAGACGGUGAUCCUGGACGUCACCCGCACCGACAGCAUCGCCGCGGCCACCGCCUGGGUGAAGGAACAAGUGGGGCACAAAGGGCUCUGGGGCCUGGUGAACAAUGCGGGGAUCGCAGUCCCCGUGGCCCCCAAUGAGUGGCUGACCAAGGACGACUUCGUCAGGGUGCUGGACGUGAACCUGAUCGGCUUGAUCGAGGUGACCCUCAGCUUCCUGCCCCUGGUGAAGCGAGCCAGGGGCCGGGUCAUCAACGUGGCCAGUAUAAUGGGUCGACUGGCCUUCUUCGGAGGGGGCUACUGCCCAUCUAAGUACGGCGUGGAGGCGUUCUCCGACAGCCUCCGGCGUGAGAUGCUGCCUUUCGGGGUGAAGGUGUGUGUGAUCGAGCCAGGCUACUUCAGCACCGCAGUUACCAACCCUCAGCUCAUUAUUGAGAACUUCACUCGCCUCUGGAAGCGGCUCCCCGAGGAAACCAAAGCGAGUUACGGGGAGAGUUACUUAAAAGCCUUUAUCCAUGCCACCCGCGACCUGCCGAAAUCCUGCAACUCCGACCUGUCCGUCGUCACCGGCUGCAUGAAGCACGCGCUGACAGCUCGCCACCCCCGCACCCGCUACUCCGCCGGUUGGGACGCCAAGCUGAUCUUCCUCCCGCUGAGUUACCUGCCCACCUGGUUCGCCGACUUCGUGCUGACGUGGUCCUACCCGGCACCGGCACAAAAAGUGUAGGAGGAAGAUGCGGUGUUAGAAUGUCAGCAGGGGGCAGCGACCGGAGCAGCAUCGCUGGCACCCGGGGUCCAAAUUCCCGGUGGGGGUGAGACACCCUGUCCCGUGGCGCCCAGCUGAGACUAUGCAAAUCAGUUCUUAAUUACAAACCUUGAAUCAAAGCAGAGCUCCUUGGAAUUUGCCUCACCGGUGCAACCUCUUCUCCAUGUCCUGGGAUGGAAUGUGGUUUCCUAACCAACCCCGGCACAACACUCUCCCCCCCACCUUUAACGGCUCCCGGGACAUAGACCACCUCACUCCUUGUGUCCGGGCCCCGCCUGUCCUCGGUAUUCAGCUCCGUUUCCUAUCUGCCUGUCGCCAAAUCUCCGUGAUCUGUGUCCAGGGUCUCUCCCACCCCGGCGACCCCAGCAGGGUAACCCAGCCCAUCUGGAGGGGAGGCAGCAGUUUGAAACUCGCCUCUGAUGAAACCACCCCACUGCAUGCUGAGCCAGGGCCAGGCCACGAGUCCCGAAGACAGGACAUUUGGCCAGUUGGCCGCCAGACGGAUCCCCUGCUGGGCAUUGCUGGGAGUGACUCGCUAGUCGGCCCAGAACAGAUCCUACCAGCGUCACUGAGAAUGACUUGCCCUGCAGAGUCCUUCCUCAGCAAUUCCUCAGCGCCUGUGUGGGAGACGUCCCUCUCCAUUGGUGCAUCCCCAUACCUGUGUCAGGAGACCCAGCUGCAUCAUGUUGAGCUUAAGCAAGCAGCCUGUCUAAAUCCAGAGACCCAAGAACUCGCAGCCUGCCAGCAUCUGGCUCUGGAAGGCAAAUCCAAGGGGUUCCCGAUUGCUUAGUCCUAGGUAGUCCCCACUGCUGCUUAUUAUCAGACCAAGAUCAGGGCUCCAGUGUGCUGGGCGCUGCCCAGAAGCUAAGUUGCACCCUGCCCCGGAGUGCUGACCUGCUAAGCAGAGCAGACAAAGCAUGGGAGAAAUGAACUCUCAUCUCCAUUUUACAGAUGGGGAAACCGAGGCACCGGGGUUCAGGGGCUGAAAUCCAGCUGUAACUGACCUUUGUGGGAAAGCCCUGGGCUCGUUGCUCGUGACAGCUUCUCGCACAAGCUCCUUCGGCACCACAAGCCUGGGCUUUUUCUUUUCCAAAAGAGUCCGAGCCGGCUGCCUGGUGUUUUGGACGCUGCAGGGUGGGGUCUGUUCCCUGUUAAAGGACUAUUGGAGACAAUACACAGCAGGGAGGAUAGGAUCAGAGGCGUCCGGGCAGAGAAGAUCGUAAGAACGGCCAGACUGGGUCAGACCAAAGGUCCAUCCAGCCCAGCGUCCUGUCUUCCGACAGCGGCCAGUGCCAGGGAUUGCAUGGCCAGUGCCCCAGCGGGAGUGAACCUAACAAGUACUUUACAAACUUGUCCCUGUUUAUUUGUCUG